AUGUCUUACAGAACAAGGGAGACGUUCUCGGACGUCCGUGAGGGAUAUACGGAACAACAGCAACAGCAGUACGUGAAAUAUUUGAAACAACUCAAGUGCGAGUUUGAAAAACGUUGGCGGACGAAACCAACGUUCAGCAUCCAGUUCCAGGAAUUGGAUCGCGUACGGACAUUGGGCACGGGCGCGUUCGGCCGAGUUGUGCUGUUAAAGCAUAUGAAGACGGGGAAGUUUCACGCGAUGAAAGUGUUGGAAAAGGAGAAAAUUGUGAAACUGAAACAGAUAGACCACACGCUGUACGAGAAGAGAAUACUCGAGGCGAUAAGGUUCCCCUUUACCGUGUCAAUGGAGUUCAGUUUUAAGGAUAACAGUUACAUAUAUUUCGUCAUGCCGUUCGUGUCGGGCGGUGAGAUGUUCACGCACCUGCGAAGAAUGAUCAAGUUCGAGGAGUCGCUGGCGAAGUUUUACGCGAGCCAAGUUAUACUAGCGUUGGAGUAUCUGCACUUCUGUAACGUGGUUUAUCGCGACUUGAAGCCCGAGAACAUUUUGAUCGACAGGAACGGCUAUUUGAAGAUCACGGACUUUGGUUUCAGCAAGAUCCUGCAGGGCCGCACUUGGACUCUGUGCGGCACACCGGAAUACCUCGCGCCGGAACUGAUAUUGAGCAAGGGCUACGGGUUCUCCGUGGACUGGUGGUCUUUCGGGGUGCUGCUGUAUGAGAUGAACGCUGGCUACCCUCCGUUCUGCGCCAACGAGCCAAUGAAGACGUACGAGAGGAUUGUCGCCGGCAAAUACAGGUGCCCGUCGAGUUUCAGCGCAGACUUACGAGAUCUGGUGCGGAACACGCUCCAAGUGGACAUCACCAAGCGUUUCGGCGUCAUGAAGAACGGCGUGAUGGAUUACAAAAACCACAGGUGGUUCCACGGGAUCGAAUGGGAGGCUAUCCUUAAUUGUCGCUUCCCGGCCCCCUUCAUUCCCAAGUAUAAGUCGCCUGGUGACGCGGGCAAUUUUGAUCGCUACGCCGAGGAACCGAUACAGCCGGCAUCGUACUGUCGUUACGAGUCCGAAUUUCUGGAAUUU